AUGUUCAAGCCAAACCAUCUUCCUGAUAAAGUCGGCGGACCGAAGACGACUGGUAUGGUCGGCCGCACAUUCGAGUACCAAUAUCCCACAGGCCCACAGUAUCGCAUCAGUUUCAGCCAGGAACUAGUCUACUUCACGGUUCCACCUCUUCCGGAUGGAACUGAAGUACUCGCACUUCCCUACCAACAGCGCCAGAUUCGUCCGGAUUUGUUUUUGGUACAUUGGAUAGGGCCCGGACGACAAGGGCAUGUAGCCUUAGUGUUUGAUCUAGAGCAAAAGAGUGUUGAUUGCGCGGCAUUGAUGCCGGCAGGUCUGUACGAGCUCUUUGAUCGUGCGGUCUUUAGAGAAGUCUACGAGAAUGGCAAGUCCGCGUUGUAUUUACCAUAUGAGUGA